AUGGUGAGGAAUAUGAGUGACACAACGCUAAUUGGUAUGGAGAAGAUUCAGAAAGGCAUCCGCCUGUAUGGGAAGGCACGAAAGAAAGUGACCAGAAUGCUUGAGCAGGAUAUUGAACCGGUUAUAAUGGAUGAUUUUGAAGAUCUCGACACCACCAAGAAGCAAGAAAGAUGGUUUGAAAGGUUCUUAGACUUUCAAGCAAAGUGCGAGACGAUGAAACGCCUCGAAGAAGCACUCAGAAGCUGUGACCACGCAGACGAGGAAGUUUUGGCCGAAGUAAACGAGGAACUGGCAAAGUGGACGCCAACUUUAGGCCAAAAACUACAUUUAGCAGAAGCCCGGGUACAGCGAUUUCUUGGACAAAACAGGACCCAUGUGAGUUUCGACGCCAGGUACGGUGUUAACAGAAAAGAAGACAACAUGAAGGAUUCCAACCACACCAACUGUAGAAGCUCUGAUGGACGAAAUGGACGAAGAGGGAAAUGGAUUUACCUCGGAAGACGAAGAAUAUGAUGAUGGAAAUCAUAAUCAGUCCAACAGGAGCCAAGGUAGUGGCGAAAAUAAAGGAAUCCAAAACCAAAAUGAAUCCAAAAGACGUCAGGACGAUGGGGGCAACGUGGAAGCGCGUAGUAUCGCAGGAUAUAGUGUGUAUCAAGACGCCAGAGACCAACCUCAAGACCAGCACUCGGAUUCAGCAAGUAAUGCGAGUAUCAAGCUCCAGGAGAUGUCCAUGAACGAGUUCAUGAAGCAUCUGAGAGCACAUCAUUGGAGUUGGAAACAAGAAGACUUCAACCCAUGUUAG